AUGAUAGAGCAACCCGCAAACGUGGAUGUCGCCGUGAAUACCCCAGUUGUGGUUGAUUCAAACGAUGAUGGAACAGUCGCCCAGGAACUGGAAUUAGAGCAUAUGAGGAGUACAUUGGAAGAGGCGAUUGUGGAAACGCGCAGUACGCCUCUCGAAAAUCGACUGCGACUUCCCCGUAUAGCCCUAAUCAAGCGGAAUCGGGCUGUCGUGAGGGCUCUGAACCCAAUGCUGGUGACCUAUUUGGAAGCCAGCCGGGACCUUUGCGAGACGGACUCAAUUCUUUUGGCGCCGCACUGGCAGUCUGCCGUAUCAUAG